UCAUGCUGCUGCCAAGUCCAGAGUCUCUCAUGGGUCCCUGUACGGCCUCCCAUUGCUGCUGUCUCCAUCGCCACACUCUGCCAUGUGCCACUUUCAGGUCUCUUCACACUGCUGGUGUGUUAAAUUUUUUGACAUAGGGUGCAGGCAGAUUACGGGCCUCACAUAGCUGCUGCCAGGCCCCUAAUCUGCCAUGGGCCCCUAUAUACCGCCUCCUCAUGCUGCUGCCAAGUCCAGAGUCUCUCAUGGGUCCCUGUACGGCCUCCCAUUGCUGCUGUCUCCAUCGCCACACUCUGCUGCCAUGUGCCACUUUCAGGUCUCUUCACACUGCUGGUGUGUUAAAUUUUUUGAC